AUGCCGAAAAACAGGCGGCUGCGGCGGCGCCCGUCCACCCCCAACCUCAGCGACCUCACCCAGCACCCUCACCACCGCCGCUUCUUCACCGCUGACCCAGCGUCACCGCCCGAGACUCCAACCACAUCCCCGAGCCUGUCUCGCAAAAUCAGCUCCAAGCCUCGGCACCAGCCUCCGUUCGCUGAGUACGACGAUGAGCUGGUUGAUGACCCCCAUAUCAAGCCCGUAGGCAAUGGCCACCAGUUUAGCUAUCAGCCCACUUUUGGCCCCGACCAGCUAAGUCCUCGCUCGUCUUCCUCGCAUGGCGAUACCUCCUCCGCCGUGGACGAUUCCUCCUCCUCUGACGAUGAUUCAUCCGCGAGGGUGAGCGUUGUGAGUGCGCCCAAUGCCUCGAGCAUCAAGGACUUUGACGAUAAUGAGUCCAGCCCCAAGCUGGUGGAGUCCUCGGACUCUGAUGAGCCUGGUGGUGGCGCGGCCAAUGAUAAUGACGAUGAUGACGAUGACAUCGAUGAGGACCAGGGCGGAGCCAAUUACGAGCAGCAAUCCCAUACCCAUGUAACAGUCACCACUGCCGUCUUUGAAUUCACCCUGGAAGAGAUCGAUCCGAUGGACGACGAGUGGGAUGCGCUCGAGGUUCUCUACCCCUAUGAAAUCGAGCCACCAAGAAGUCGCUCCAGCUCGUGGCAUAAAGAGCUGGACAAGAACAUGGUGCGCGAGUUCAGAAACCUCAACUGCAGCGCAUCCACCUCUGACAAUGACAUCGAGCUUGACGGUGAAGAGGAUGCCUUUAUGCGGCACCAGCGAGAACUUAGACGCAGAAGGAGGGUUAGCAUGUCUAGCAGUGUUGGGAAGCGAACGCACAGUGAGCUGAGCGACUCGGACGAUGACUUUGGAUUCCUGGAUGUCAAUGACGUAGGGUCAAGCGCCAAGAGGAUGCGGAAGCGAUUGCACAGGAGUAGUCUGCUAUUCCAUGAUCCGCCGGAGCAGAUCGAGGAGCUUGAGGAGCCGGACUCCAGUGAGGAUGAGCCCCACGAGGAUCUCGCUCGGGAGCUCCCGUACUUCACUGUGGAGGUGAUGGAGGUCGAGUCUAGUUGA